AUGGUGUGCACAGGCGCGAAGAGUGAAGAGCAAUCGCGGCUAGCUGCUCGCAAGUAUGCUCGUAUUAUUCAAAAGCUUGGAAACGACCAAGUAAAGUUUAAGGAUUUCAAGAUUCAAAAUAUUGUUGGUUCUUGCGACGUACGCUUUCCCAUUCGAUUAGAAGGACUUCAGAUUGCACAUCAACAGUUUUGCAGCUACGAGCCAGAGCUUUUCCCUGGCUUGAUAUACCGCAUGAAGCAGCCCAAGAUCGUGCUCCUCAUUUUCGUGUCAGGGAAGAUCGUUCUUACUGGUGCUAAGGUGCGAGAUGAGAUAUACCAGGCGUUCGAGAACAUCUAUCCAGUGCUCAACCUAUACAGGAAAAUACAAGCAGAGCCACUGCCACCUCCUGCCGACUCAUGA